AGGUGUUGUAUCUGUUGAUCAAAUUGUGAUUACGGGUUCUCCAUGUGAGUUAUUUUCAUGUAAAAUGUUUCUGCGUGCUCGAAAUCCGUGUUUUGAUUGUAGGUAAGGGUGACUUUACAGCAGAACCUCCGACGAGAGAAACAACCUUAGAGGAGACCAGUUUGUCGACGACGACAACUAGUUCGACCACAACAACUAGCUCGACGACUACAACUACUUCGACGACGACAACUAGUUUGACCACGACAAGUAGUUCGACGACUACAACUACUUCGACGACGAUAACUAGUUCGACCACGACAAGUAGUUCGACGUAUCCGACGUCUACGUCUAGUGAAAGGUUGCCUAUCACCACGCAAACAGUGAGUGUUCCUUCGGUCUCGACGCUGUUAGUAACUACUACAGUGUCAACGACAAUUUCAUCAAGUACAGUGACAAUAACAACAACUUUAAAUCCGGUGACUUUUUCAAUAAGCACAAAUAGAGUAACAACGUCAAGAAGUCCAAUUUUAACAACAAUAUUCUUAUCUACAACACCAGACGUGGGUAGUACUACUACUAGUGGGAUAAUGCUUGAAGAAACUUCGGUAAAACCAGAUGGAUCAAAGAGAACGAUUAUGAUCGUGAUUAUUUCUGUAGUCUGUUCGGUGAUUUUAAUAGCAGCAUCAGGCAUUUUCAUCUUUCGUCGUCGAUUAGCGGAACGUUCUAGUAAAGUACCUAUCAAUGCACGUUAUUCCCCUAGCGAACUAAUCAUGGUACUGCUUAUAAUGGUGUUAACAAGGAAAACUAAGCCGAAAGUUACGGCUUACAAGAAGACUAUACCAACAUGUCGCUCAUCAAAAAAGUUAACUAAACAACAAAUGCUCUAUGAAUUAAAGAAAAAAGGCAUGAUUCUACCACUCAGAACAACAAAAGCGGUUGUGAAACAGUUGCACGUUUUUGCUGGAAAUGGUAAUUUUAAUAAACAUGCGCAGAGGGAUGAUUCAUCAUCAAUUAGGUCAUCACCAGCGGGUUCAUGGCCAUUGUUUGUGUCUCGAACUGUUGCCAAUUUAGACGACGAUGAAGAUACAACUGAAAUGAAUGUUACGAAAAUUGCACCGCGUACGUACACUUUAUAUAAUUGUAUAAAUAGUAAAGCUCGUGGUGGGACAGAUUAUUUACUGAGUAGAUUUCAAAACGGCUUUCAAAGUGGAGCUGAAGUUUUACCAACUGAUAAUCAUAUCACAAAUAACUUGAGAUCUGCUCGUGAUGAUCCUGACACAGUUACUAAACUACUUACGGAAGAAUUAAAAAAUAAUUAUCUAAUUGGAUCAUUUGAUUAUCCUCCUUUUGAGCAUUUUAGAAUCAGUCCCUUAGGUUUAGUGUUUAGAAAAUACUCAGGAAAAGCUAGGCUUAUUUUGGAUCUUAGUUCGCCACAUAAACAUCCACCUGUAUCUAGCAUUAAUGAUCUAAUUGAUUCAGAAGAGUCUAUGACUUACACCACGAUCGAUGAUGCCAUAUCAACUAUUCAGGGUGUAGGGCGAGGAGCAUGGCUAUGUAAAUGUGACAUCAAGGAUGCGUUCAAGUUGCUCCCUUUACAUCCUCGUUUAUGGUCGUACUAUGGAUGUCAGUGGAAUUCAAAAUGUUACUUUUGGACGCGAUUACCAUUUGGUAGUCGUAGCAGUCCUCGCAUUUUUCAUACCCUAUCUCAAGCCAUCGUGUGGAUAUUUAGAAACGACUAUCAUACUACACACAUUCAUCAUUUAUUAGAUGAUGUUCUAGUGAUUGAUGCUACGGACGAAGAAGGGUAUCAUCGUGAUGCUUUAUCGAACCUAAACAUAUGGAUUAAUUUCCUUGAAACACGUAAUGCUAACGCAUUAUUCUUAGAAUCCACAUUCACUUCCAACAUCGCAUUGAAUUUGUACACAGACGCUUCUGGAGGUGUAGGAUUCGAUGGAAUUUUAGGGCGUGAAUGGUUUACAGGCAAAUGGGAGGGUGAUUUUAUACCGGUCAGACAACAUGUACGUGAAUCUUCACUCCUAGAAAUUGGGCCAGUAUAUCCAUCAUUAACAAAGGCCGUUCAAAAUCGUCUGCAGUUAUGCACUUUUCGAGAAGAUCAACGUUGUUACAACUUGAACAUAAUUUCUAUUUGCAAGCAAAAACAUAUACCAGGCAUCACGAACACCAUAGCCGACGCCCUAUCAAGAGCUGAUUUUGCCAGACUUAGAGAACUAGCCCCAUAUGCAAAUGAAUAUCCAUGUGAUAACCAGAAUUUUAUAAUCUGA